CAGGACUUGACUUCAACGCUUUCGAUUUCCGAGCGUCGGGCGAAAGCCGGCGGCGAAUACGCUAAACAGCCCACUUCCCCACGACAACGUGGGGAUGUCGCCCGCGGCUUGUCGUGCCGGUUGAACUGCGAAAUCGCAUGCUCUCCGUUUAAAAGCGAACAGUGUCGCAGUCGUCGAGUCUGUUUCAAGUCAUUCAGAAAACUACUCUGCACAUAAUCUGUCACAAUGUCUGCUCCCAAGGGACCCUUCAAGCUCGUCACUGUCAACACCGCUCCUGAGAGAGCCAAGCGCCUCAUCGGACGGGUUGCUGAGGCCCUUUCGGACCGUUACACCAUUAUCCACAUUGACAACUGCGAGAAGAUCGAAGAAGUCGAGUCCAAGGUCAAGCAGCACAUGCCCGAUGUCCUGUUCAGCGCCUCCAUGUGGUCCGCCGAGCAGGCCAACGAGAUCCACUCCAUUGCCCGGUCGAUCAAGCCCGACAUCAAGCUGCACGCUAUCCCCGAGGGUCUCCAGGUCGAGCGCGGCCCCGACGCCAUUGUUGAAUACCUUUGCGAGAAGGUCCCUCCUCUUCUGGACGCCUAAAUAUGAGGUGUCAGUGUACCAAUUUUAGGAAUAAGCGGGGGAUAUCAUGGUGGAUAUGACGACGAUAUCUAUGUCUUGUAUAUACAUUUACUUCGAUGAAGCUCCUGAAAUAGACG